AUGGAUUUUAACUUGAGUAGCACAGUGCUCUAUGCGGUCAACAGCACUGUGACCCCCUUCCUCAACAAUACAGGACCCUACCAUCCUGCAGCGGGACCCUGGAUUUUACUACUGCUGGUGAUCAUCAUCAUGACCAUCGUGGUGGGCAACCUGCUGGUCAUCAUAGCUAUAGCACGCACAUCGCAGUUACAGACUAUGACUAACAUCUUCAUCAUGUCCCUGGCCUGUGCUGACCUCAUCAUGGGGGUCCUGGUGGUCCCUCUGGGGGCCACCAUAGUGGUGACGGGGAACUGGCAGCUGAGUGACACCUCUUGCGAGCUCUGGACCUCCGUGGAUGUGCUCUGUGUCACUGCCAGCAUUGAGACUCUUUGCGUGAUUGCAGUGGACCGCUAUAUUGCUAUUACAAGGCCCUUCAGGCACAAGGUUCUGCUCAAUAAGUGGCGCGCCCGGCUAAUAGUGUGUGUGGUUUGGAUUGUGUCUGCUCUGAUCUCCUUUGUGCCCAUCAUGAACCAGUAUUGGCGAGCAGAGGAUGACCCGGAGGCCUUGGUGUGCUAUCAGGAUCCUGCCUGCUGUGACUUUUUGACCAACCGGACCUUUGCCAUUAUAUCCUCUGUAGUGUCAUUCUACAUCCCUUUGCUCAUAAUGAUAUUUGUCUAUGCCAAAGUCUUCCUUAUAGCCACGCGACAGGUACAGCUCAUAGACAAGAUCCGGCUGCGCUUCCAAAGUGAGUGCCCAGUGCCGCAGACGCAACAGCUGAGCCACCACAGUAAUAACAUCCUGCCCUUGGGCUAUGGAGGCUCCGGCAGCAGAAGCAGCACAUGCUCAGCUCGCAAGAGCAGCUCCAGACGAAGGCCCUCACGGCUAACGGUUAUCAAGGAGCACAAGGCCCUCAAGACCUUGGGCAUUAUCAUGGGCACCUUCACCCUCUGCUGGCUGCCUUUCUUUGUGGCUAACAUAAUCAACGUGUUUGACAGGAAUGUGCCCCCGGGAGAGAUCUUCCGUCUGCUCAACUGGCUGGGCUACAUCAACUCUGGCCUCAACCCCAUCAUUUACUGCAGGAGCCCUGAGUUCCGCACUGCUUUCAAGAACCUGCUGGGCUGCCCCUGGUUUUCUACCCAACGAUUAAACAUCUUCUACAAGGAGCUGCGGACACGAUGCCCCUGCUUCCUGGGUUCGGCUGAGGCAGGGGCGGCCGGCUCUUUCCAGAAGCCCCCUGCUGCUGCCAGGCCUGAGGGGGACGAGAGCCUGACCAGCAGUCAGAGCAGCUACAAGAGAGUGGAACCUUCCCCAGGACCCCCACACUCCAAUGGCAGCACACAGUUCAGUGACUUCUCAGAACCAGAAGAUGAAUUGUAAGUUUCUUCUUGUUAUGAUUUCAAAUUUUGCACACUACAUUUUCUCAUUCCAUGCAGUGAAAUACGAUAAACAAUGCAUAGAUAACUGGGUCUUUCCACCAAUUCAGUGCCUUUUGAGAUACAGUGCCUUCAGAAAGUAUUCACACCCUUUGACUUUUUCCAAAUGUUAUUGUGUUACAACCUGAUUUUAAAAUGGAUUAAAUGUAGUUUUCUUUGUCACUAUACCUACACACAAUACCCCAUAAUGUCAAAGAAUAAUUAUGCUUUUUCAAAAUUUUUGCAAAUUAACAAAACAUGAAAAGCUUAAAUGUCAAUAAGUAUUCAACCCCUUUGUUAUGGCAAGCCUAAACAAGUUCAGGAGUAAACAUUUGCUUAACAAGUAGCACAUAAGUUGCAUGGACUCACUCUGUUUGCAAUAAUAGUGUUUAACAUGAUUUUUGAUGACUACCUCAUCUCUGUACCACACACAUACAAUUAUCUGUAACGUCCCUUAGUCCACCAGUGAAUAUCAAACACAGAUUCAACCACAAAGACCAGGCCGAUUUUCCAAUGCCUCACAAAGAAGGGCACCUAUUGGUAGAUGGGUAAAAACAAAGAAAAUAAAACACUGAAUAUCCCUUUGAGCAUGGUGAAGUUAUUAAUUACACUUUGGAUGGUGUAUCAAUAAUACACCCAGUCACUUUAAAGGAAGGAAACUGCUCAGGAACUUCACCAUGAGGCCAAUGGUGACUUUAAAACAGUUACAGAGUUUAAUGGCUGUGAUAGGAGAAGACUGAGGAUGGAUCAACAACAUUGUAGUUACUCCACAAUACUAACUUAAUUGACAGUGUGAAAAGAAGAAAGCCUGUACAGAAUACAAAUAUUCCAAAACAUGCAACCUGUUGCAAUAAGGCACUAAAGUAAUACUGCAAAAAAAUGUGGCAAAGCAAUUAAUGUUUUGUCCUGAAUACAAAGUGUUAUGUUUGCUGCAAAUCCAAUACAACACAUUACUGAAUACCACUCUCCAUAUUUUCAAGCAUAGUGGUGGCAUUGUUAAGGACUGAGGAGUUUUUCAGGAUAGAAAAUUAACAGAAUGGAGCUAAGCACAAGCAAAAUCCUAGAGGAAAACCUGAUUCAGUCUGCUUUCCACCAGACACUGGGAGAUGAAUUUACCUUUCAGCAGGACAAUAACCAAAUCAUUUCUGGGUAACAAUGAAGUACCUUACUGUGAUUGUUUCCAAUUAAAAUGGUCAAAAAGAAACAAGAAUAGAAAAGAGCAGUUUCUCAAGGAAGAAUUUUGCUAGGACUGUCUGGGAGUGGUCUGAGUGGGGAGGGGAAAACUGAAAACUAGCUGUUAUUGGCAGAAAGGUUUGGAACUCUCUUUCUUAUUGGUCUAUUAACUAAUUUACCACCUGGUGGUCACCAGGCAGGCCAAAACUCCAUCCCACCAAAACAGGCAAACAUUUCUGACGGCCUUUUCAAACAGCCUUUACACUAAAUUCCAACCUCAUAGUGUAGAAAUAUGUAUACAAAAAUCACGUUUUUGACUGCACUGGGCCUUUAAACUUCAUUGAAUAUAAAAUGCAAUAUUGGUGCACAAUGUCUGCUUAAAAUAUCAAAGGGAUGCAAAAGUCCCUCAUUUUGUGGACGACCCAACUCACAUGUGCACAUUUUAGAUUUGGUAAUGAGUAUCUUGAGAAGACACCAUGGUCCAUGUCUACAUGUGCUUAAAUCAUGUAAGGUGCUCAGUGUGGUCCAAAUUAAAUAAAUGCUUGGGCACAUUUUAGCUCUGAUGAAAGUUUCAGUCUGUUGCCCACAACACAGUUAAGGCACAGUUAAAACAGGGAGUAUGUCUGUGAAUCUGUUUAAAUAUGUAAUGUCUGUGGUAGUAGGAGAAAAAUAUUACAUCAGUGGUCUGACAUGUGAGCAUGAAAUUGUGUUCUUAAACUUUAGGGCUUCUCUUAUCUUUAGCGGUCUACAGCUGUGAAGAAUGAUAUGAGAAAUCACAACUGCUCUUUUGUUAAGUAGGACACUGAACUUCAAAUCCCCCUACCUCUCUGCUAAUACCAUCAAAUACUGUCAGAGGAACCUUUUCAAUGUUUAGAAAUCCCAAAAGCUGUGUUUAAGACAAGCUUUUUGUUGUCAUGCAAGGCGACUAAUUCUCAACACUCCCGUAUCAAAGUGAAUUAAAAACAUUAAUUGACAUAGCCUCUUGAGUUGCGCAGUGUUCUACGGUACUGCAUUGCAGUGCUAGCUGUGCCACUAGAGAUCCUGGUUCGAAUCCAGGCUCUGUCAUAGCCGGCCGCGACCGGGAGACCCAUGGGGCGGCGCACAAGCUUCAAAACAGUUUACUCCUACAUGUCUUUCCAAUGUAGGCCUAUUAAUAUCUGAUAAUUUCCCUUCAUAUUGUUGCAAUACACUAACAUAGGUUAAAUAAGCAUUUUACGUGUGUGUGUGUGUGCGUGUGUGUGUACUGUCAACCAUUCAAUAAAUCUCUAUUUAAGAAUGGAAAUAACAAUGUAACAAUACGAUCACAUCAGGAGAGGGGUGAACUGCUGCAAUCCAGAAGGCAUGUUUAGAAUCGUUUCUGUAGUUUUAGCGGUAUUCCUUUGGGAGAGGGGAUAAGUUUGGUAAAUCAAACAAUCUCUUUGAAUCUUUCACUCACAGGUUUCAUAGAGCUCACUGGGCAUGCAUGUUGAAUAUCAGGGGGAAUCCAUAUUUGGAUAUGUUCUGAAUACAUCAAGGUGCUGUGUCCGAUUAAAAUAGAUUUGGCAGAACAAUGUACAAAAAAUGAAUGCACUCAAUGCUAUCAUACUGAAAGAUAAGCUGAUGUAGAAAUAUUACAACAUUGUAAUGUAAUGUGAAAUGUAAUAUGAAUAUUUCCAUUAUGUUGUUGCUGGUACCAUAUUAUGUUACCUGUAAUCCAUCUUUGAAUCCAGCUCAGGUCAACAUUAUAUAAAUUACUAACAGAUGUCCAAGGUUUUUCUCUUAGAAACUAAUAAUUUCUAAUCCACAUCAGUAAUUUUGUGCUUCUGUCGCUGUAUAUGUAGCUGUAUAUGUAGCUGUAUAUGUAGCUGUAUAUGUAGCUGUAUAUGUAGCUGUAUAUGUAGCUGUAUAUGUAGCUGUAUAUGUAGCUGUAUAUGUAGCUGUAUAUGUAGCUGUAGCUGUACGCUACUAUACCCUUUAACACCAGAUCUUACUGUGUUGUGGGACCUUCGCUACCAGUUGAUUAUCAAUUUAGAACCUGAAGGUUAAUACAUCUAAGAAAACAUGAAUAGAACAUACUUGAUGACAAAAAGGACAUCAUACUAAAAAUAUACAUGAUAGUAAAGUAUGUCCAAACUUGACCAAAUUAAAGUGUGAUGUCUCAUGCAGAGCAACAUGAGCUGAUCAACGUUUAGCCGUUAUAGAGGAGCUUCCCAACAGUUGAGUGGUGUUUAUGCCUCGGCUAGGGCCCCUCUGCAGCCUGUCCAACACCCCCCGCAGCUGAUAAAGCUUUAUCACUGGGCCACAAGACUUCUGCUCACUGGGAGACGCUGUUUACAAGACAAAUAGGCAAAGGGAGCACACACGGUUUGGUUACAGUUGGACUGCUAAACAUGUGUCUUACCAAACCAAUCCAAUUUGCAGAGUCACUCCAUACACUAUACAUAUGCUGGGAUCAGGUUUCCUUUUUAAUGACUACCACUUCCCUCUAACAACUUCAACCAUAACAAGUGCCUUCACUCACUGCUGUCUUCUCACUGCAUCAGUUUACAGUUGAAGGGUAGUGGGCUAUGUUAUCUUUACUGAUCUCCAGUGGGGGUUCAGGGGCAGUUAGGACUCGUUAUGAAUGCACAUUCUUCUCACACAUGCACUACUGGAUCUAAAGAUUACUUAAAAAGCUCCAGAGCUGACGAUUGUCUAGUAAUAUGAAUAGGCCAGUGACAUGCAAUUACAAUUGUAUUUAUCCAAACAGUUCAUUUGCAUCGUCACAUUUGUUUCUAGAUACAUGUCAUUUAGCAGACACUUUUUUAUGCUGCCAUCUCUGAGCUCUUUUACAGAUAGAUGCAAUCAAUUGGGCAGUAACAUGAGAGACAUUUAAGAGCAUAUAAAAGUAUUCCUUAAAAGGAGCAGAGCCCAUCCAGUUCAGCCUGAGAAAGAAGGCUAUAGCUCAGUGUAAUACUACUCACACCGGCACUACAAUGCUUUGAGCUAGAUUUGAUCAUGUCAGUAAGAUAAUUGUGUCUCAGACAAACUGGACCGUGGCUUUGACAGUCUAUCGAAUGUGGAUGAUAAAGCGUGUAAUCCCUAUUACCUCGGCAGGCAGGAUGGCUUGGCUAGGACACGGCAUGAAUCAGGGAUCUGUGGCAAGGCUAGGACACGGCAUGAAUCAGGGAUAAUAAUAAUAUAAUAUGCCAUUUAGCAGACGCUUUUAUCCAAAGCGACUUACAGUCAUGCGUGCAUACAUUUUUUGUGUAUGGGUGGUCCCGGGGAUCGAACCCACUACCUUGGCGUUACAAGCGCCGUGCUCUACCAGCUGAGCUACAGAGGACCACGAUCUGUGGCUAGGCUAGGACACGGCAUGAAUCAGGGAUCUGUGGCAAGGCUAGGACACAGCAUGAAUCAGGGAUCUGUGGCUAGGCUAGGACACGGCAUGAAUCAGGGAUCUGUGGCAAGACUAGGCCACGGCAUGAAUCAGGGAUCUGUGGCAAGGCAAGGACAUGGCAUAAAUCAGGGAUCUGUGGCUAGGCUAGGACACAGCAUAAAUCAGGGAUCUGUGGCUAGGCUAGGACACAGCAUGAAUCAGGGAUCUGUGACUAGGCUAGGACACGGCAUGAAUCAGGGAUCUGUGGCUAGGUUAGGACAGUGAUUCCCAACCGGGGUACUAGAACCCCUGGGAGUACUUGGCCUAUCCACAGGGGGUACUUGAGAAGACUCAUGAGACCAUAGGCUUACUGGUCAAAUGCACAUGAGGGGGUACUUCAGGGGUACUCCAGGCAGAGCAAAAUUCAGUUGGUGGUACAGUAACUGAAAAAGGUUGGGAACCACUGGGCUAGGACACGGCAUGAAUCAGGGAUCUGUGUCUGCUGCAGGUUGUGAUCAGCCAGGGCUCUCUCUGGGCACUCCCACAGAUCAGAGGCAGUUUGGGAGGAUAUUAUUCAUGAUUAGGACUUGAUUUGGAGGGAUAGUCAGACACCAUGUGCUCCUCAUUCAUUUCAGUCUGUCUCAUGUGUGUGAUGGUCACAGAAGUGUCAAACACACUGCAGACAGAAUAUAAACAAUGAGACAGCUAGGAGUGUGUGUGUGUGUGUGUGUGUGUGUGUGUGUGUGUGUGUGUGUGUGUGUGUGUGUGUGUGUGUGUGUGUGUGUGUGUGUGUGUGUGUGUGUGUGUGUGUGUGUGAGAGAGAGACCUCAGACGGUCUCAUAAUGGUUGAGAGGUCUUUGGAACGUCAGUGGGACAAUAUUAACUAUUCUUAUUAAAGUGAAUGACAAACAGCCCUAAAUAGGGAAUGGUCUGAGCUUUGUACAAAUGACUGCUUAUACAUUGUUACUGACAAAGUUGAUGCCACAUUGGCAAUUCAUGGUAGUUAUUUUCUCUCUCAAAUGUGAUACUGAUAGUGCUGAGCAUGGGGUAUAGGAAUAGGACAUGUAGUAUAGGAAUAGGACAUGUAGUAAAGGAAUAGGACAUGUAGUAUAGGAAUUGGACUUACAUUUUACAUUUUAAAUUAAACCCAGUGUAAUUUGUUCAUUCCAUACAGUAUAGUAUUUUAACUAGCAUGCAUAGCAGCAAAAUAAUAAAAUUAGCUAACGUCCUCAGAAUUUCUCAUGUCAAACAGUAAUGUUGUUUUGAGAUCUAUAGAGUGACAGCUGCUACUGCAUUAGUCCUCAUGAUGUGGCAGCACUACAGCCUCUUGUAAUAGUUAUCACACACUCAUUCUCUUUCAUAAGCAGUGGCCUGCAGUGAUCUGAUUGGUCAAAAAAACAAUUAGUGGCAAAAGAUCAGAAUUGGGCUGCCGGUGUUGUCCACUCCUGGAAGCAAAAUGCCAUGAAGAACUUUAUAGUUCUAGAGCAGGCUUUGCUUUUAUUUCGAUUUGAGAAAAGGCUUAGGCCUGAAAUUAAAAAAAUUAAAAUGUGCCCUAAUAUUGUUUGAUUAUACAAGGCCAACACAAUCAAUUUUGCAAGUUUGAUUUCUGGAUCACCAUUUCAUUGUUACCUUCAAUUGAGCCAUUCAGCAAAGAGUGCAUUACUGUUUUGUUAACACUGGAGCCAAAUUGAGAUAGAAUAGGACAGUUCAGCCAUGGGACAACAUGAGGAAGACUGUAUAAUAGAGAGAAGCCAUUAUCACAAAAAAGAAGAUUAUCAUACUAAUUAAGCAUCAGUAAUGGCAGAGCCUCUAUAAACGCAUGUUAGAAGAGAGGUUGGUUUUAUAAUGGCUUUGCAAUCAGUAGCUCAGUGGCUCUGACGUUUGCGUUUGCCCUGGCACUAAAAGGUUAUGGCUUAAAUUGCCAUCUGACAGAGUCAUACCAGGGCUUUAAAAAGGGGAACCUAUUGCAGCUUUCCGUGGAAAUUCUUUGUGGGCUGUGCCUGGAACAGUAAUAUCCAUCUGAUGGCUGAUGGACUAAACUCUCUUUCUGUAUGCUACCAUGCAACUGAGACUGAGGCAUGCUCUCACCCCUUAGGGUGGUCCAGGGACAAAUAUGCCUCAAGACAUUAUCCAAACAUCACGUCCCUCAAAAGAAACAUGUAGUGUGUCAGGCAUGGUUAUCAAAUCCCCCUCUCAUAAUACAGCAAAUCAUCGCAUGGAUAUCACAUGAAAUCCACAGAAAUCCUGGGUUAAGAAGUUUCUGUGCAGCACCUAUAUUCAGUUCAGUAAUGGCUUUAGUGAAAUAGCACUCACGAGGCAUCACAACAAGUAAUGAAGGCCAACAUGUUGUGGCAGUGUGAACUCAGACACAACUCUCUAAUGCCUAUGUUCAGAGCAAAUUGAAUUGCUCAGACACAUUACACUUUCACCCUCUGAACUUGUGUUGUUGUUUCAGCUUCCAGUUGUUUGGCAUGGCAACUAUAUCAGGCAAGAAAUAGCUUUUGGAUAGAAUCCACCAAGCGGAGAGGCGGUGGAAAUAUGUCCAUCUGCAGGCCAGCCUAAUAUACUGAGUGACUCAGAGCACCUGCCAAAAUUGGCUUAUUACUCCAAAUGACUGAGUAAAACAUUUAUACACACAUUAGGUGACAUUGGUGAUGCUUGAGUCCCAUAAUAGAACUGCAUGCUGAGUGUGUAAAGCCACACAGCUAAGGGUGAAAUCUAAAUCCCUGCUCCUGUAUUAAUAUGAAUAAACAAAUACAUUGUACUCUGUUUCAGAAAAUUUGUCAGUUAAACAGCAUUAUCAACGGUAAAAUGCCAUUGUAAGUCCAGUCAAUAUUUGGAAAGGCUAAUCAUAACAGUUAAUCUAUUAAUCUAUUUCUCAUGACGGUAUCAAUGCUGCAUGAAAUACAAUGUACAUACUUUCCAGUUAUACUACAGGCAUGCAGGAUAGCCACAAAAAAUAACUAGUGAAAGAGGAAAUUGAUCUGCUGACAGAUGAAUGCACUAAGGCUAAGCCUUUCCAUUCUGUCUCAAAUAAAUCACAUUGUACAAUCUUUAACACAAUGGUCACUUUUUCAGAUUACAGCGAGUGACAAGUAUUGUAUAUCAAAAUUAUGGUCAGGAUUCUAUACAAAGAACAACUGCAAAAUGAAUACCAGCAGCAGUGACUUACCCAGGAGAUUACCUGAACUGGCAGAAAUAUAUGGAAGCUUAUAUACAUUAUUUCAAAGCUAUCCAUUUCCAAUCUAAACUGUUGAGUUAAGGCUAUGGCACUGUGCAUAUGUUUUACCACAUAUCACUAAAAGUUUUAAUGCCGUUCUAAGAGAGGACAUUGCAAAAUAGCUAUUUUAAUGUGCAGUCGACCAUGACAGACCAAGCAUUUCCCUUUGAAAUAUGUGAGCACUGACAAUAACUGAGAUCUGCACAAUAUAGAUUAGGAGUCUUUUGUUGGAUUAGGAUGAGCUCAAACCUCGGAGAGCAUGAAAUGAGGAACAGGAUGACAGGAGCAUGGUAAUGUGAGAACUCAAUGGUCAAUGUCAAUGAGAGCUGAGUAUAUGAUCAAAUCCUACAUCUACACCAUCAAGAAGAAAAUGGUGGAAGUUGAGUAAGCAGUUCAUUAUGGAACAAAUCCAAAUGUUAAGUCAAAGUUUUACUUCACUGUCUACAGCUGAGUAAAGUUAAGAAACUGCAAACAACUUGAUUUAAAUUUUGCGCCAUUAAUCAUUGGAAUCAACAUAUUUGGCACUUCCACUACAGUGGACUGGAUUACAAAAUAAACCCCUUGGCCACAAACCUUCCAAGGGCCAGACCUCACUUGCUGACCACAAAGUCCACUUUACCCUGUUGACAGGUACUGUAAAAGAAAAUACACUUAACUCAAAUGAUGGAUGUCUCUGUCUGAGACUUUCGAGCAAAAGCUAAAUUUGAACAAGGUUUUAAACUACACGGGCAAUUCUUUCCCUCAGAAGUCCAAGUGAAAGUACAAUACUUGCUGUAUAAGGGAUAAGGGUACUUGAGACAUAUUUCAUUUAGUUUUUUCCAUUUUCUCUAGAUUUCUCCAACAAAGCAAUGGUGAGCAUUGUUUACCAUUUUCCUGUGUAGACAUGUACUGUAAAGUUGAUUUUGAAAAAAGAAGUGGUUGGGCAGGGAGUAUGUUUGUGGGAAAGAGAAACAUGAGAGUAUACACUACUAUGAAGUGAUUGAUGGGAAUAGGAAGGGCAUUCAUAAAAUCAGGAUAGACACAUUCAAAAGCUCAAAAUCAAAUAAGCAGUAAAACGAACUGAUAUUGUUCCCCAGUCUGAAGUCAACCCAAAUCACACAAUGUUCAAUAUGGUAAUGUAGGUUACACAUUUAAACCUCCUUCCACCAUGUUAGAGUCAUCUCUCACAAGGGGUAUUUGCCAAGUAAAACAAACACAGUUAGUUGGCCUUCUUGUCUAGAUGCUUUAACAGUAAAGGAACAUGUGCUUGGGAUUUCAUGGGAAGAUGGGAUAAAUAACAAGUCUGAUAUUGCAAAGCAAAUUUAAAUGACAAGUGGCACGAUCACAUAAGAUGGUUGGAUCGAUUUCAGGGUUGGAUAUCAAUGUCAUAUCAAUGUAAAAAUGUUUUCAUCUUCCCCAAGGCAGGGAGAAUUUUUUUUGUAUUAUUUUAGGGGGUCAGUGUAGUUCAGUCAUGUUUAAAUUCAUCUUUGAAAUGUAAUUUAUUUUGUAAUGUGUUUUUGGAGGUAUUGUUGAUAUUUCACCAUUGCUUACAAGAACCACUUUCUGCUGGUUCUGAAUUUCUAUUUUUUAUAACUAUUAUAGUAAAUUGUGCUUAGUAUAUUUUGGCUAACAUUCCUCAAAAUAAAUUAUAAUUAACUGAAAUGACAUUCUUAUUUCUCAGUGAAUCAUAGGCUUUAACAAAGUAUGGAAUAUGACAGUGUCUCAGAAUAUGAAGAAUGACAGGAAUUUGACUCAAUACAGUAACCCCCAAAAUUCUAAUUUAUCCUUAUUCACUCAGUUUCACAUUACAGGAAAAGGAUGGGUGAAAGAUUUGGAAACAAAUCUCAAGAAAUUAAAAACAACAAAAGGCUGACUCCAACAGUGACUUUCACAACUGACUGA